UUGACCUGACCUGGUAUAAAUAGUUGUCCUCAACAACUUCUUCAGGACACAUCUUUACAUGAGAGAUGACUCAUUACUUGGGAGAUCUAACGUGCUGAGGCUAUGCUUUACGAUCUGACUCCUCAACGACAAAGAUGCUAAAGUGUCUGAAUCAAAAGUCAAAUAAUGGUAAUCAACCAUUAACUUUGGCCAGAAUCUAAACAGGUCAGUGCUUAAAUAGCAACCAGUUCCCCCCUCUUGUCUUCUUCUUCUCUGGUGGAGACAUGGGGAAAGGGGUUUUCCUCAGCAAAGCAUUAGCGGUCACCUGUGCGGUGGCAGCCGUCGCUGCUGCAGCAACCAUCAUCGCCCUGUCGGUGGUCUACGCUCAGGAGAAGUCCAAGAAUGAAAUGAAACCUACAUCCACCGCCAGCCCCAGCACCAGCCCCCCAAUCUCAACCACCCCCUCGGGCCCCAAAGAGCCCUGGGAUCUCUACAGACUCCCAGCAUCCCUUGCUCCCGUCUCCUACAACGUCACGCUGAGGCCCCGUCUGAAGCGCGGCACUAACGGCCUCUACAUCUUCAGCGGAGACUCUUCGGUGGUGUUCAGAUGUGUGAAGGAAACAGACCUCAUCAUCAUCCACUCCAACAAGCUGAACCUCACCAGCUUCGACGGGUUUCUCGUCAAGCUGAGGGGCCUCAAUGGAGCCACUGCGCCCGGCCUGAAGAAGACCUGGCCGGUGAUCCCCACCCAGUACCUGGUGGUGCAGCUCAGCAGCCCACUGAAGGCUGGCAGCUCAUACGAACUCUUCACCGACUUCGUUGGAGAACUAGCCGACGACCUGGGAGGAUUCUACCGGAGCGUGUACUUUGAGGACGGCGUGGAAAAAGUUCUGGCCACGACUCAGAUGCAGCCUACGGACGCCAGGAAAGCGUUCCCCUGCUUCGACGAGCCCGCGAUGAAAGCUGUCUUCCACAUGACCCUCAUUCACCCCCGGGACACCGUCGCUCUGUCCAACUCCCUCAGCUACGAACCUGUUAACGUCACUUUGGAAGGAGAGCACUGGACCAUGACCAGCUUUGAACCCACAGAGAUCAUGUCCACCUACCUGCUGGCUUUUGUCGUUUGUGAAUUCACGUUCAUCACCAAACCAGCCGGCGGCCCCAAACCAGAGACCUUGAUCAGGAUCUGGGCUCGCAGGAAGGCCAUAGAGGCGAAACAGGGAGACUACGCUCUGGAGAAGACUGGACCCAUACUGCAGUUCUUUCAGGACUACUACAAAUCUCCUUACCCCCUUAAGAAGUCAGACCAGAUCGCUCUGCCGGACUUCAGUGCGGGAGCCAUGGAGAACUGGGGUCUGAUCACCUACAGAGAGACCGCCCUGCUGUUCAACCCUGAGGUCUCAUCCAACGGGGACAAGGAGUGGGUGGCUACAGUCAUCGCCCACGAGCUCGCUCACAUGUGGUUUGGGAACUUGGUGACGACGCGCUGGUGGAACGACUUGUGGCUGAACGAGGGUUUCGCCACCUACGUCUCGUAUCUCGGAGCCAACUUCGCUGAACCCACCUGGAAAAUGACAGAUUUAAUAGUCCUGAAUGAGAUCAUUGGAGUGAUGGGUGUGGACGCCUUGGCCUCCUCCCAUCCGCUCUCAUCCAAAGAGGAGGACGUCCAGAGGCCAGAGCAGAUCAGCGAGCUGUUCGACUCCAUCACGUACAGCAAGGGUGGUGCUGUCCUCAGGAUGCUCUCAGAGUUUAUCACAGAGGACGUCUUCUCCAAAGGACUCCAGACAUACUUAGAGGAGUUCAAGUACCAGAACGCAGUCUACACAGACCUCUGGAGGCACUUGCAAAUGGCGGUCGAUAAUUCCAGCAUUGUGCUGCCAGCCUCAGUCGAGGUCAUCAUGAACCGGUGGAUCCUGCAGAUGGGCUUCCCCGUCGUCACCAUCAGCACCCAGACUGGAAAAAUUACCCAGAAGCAUUUUCUGUUGGACCCAGAAUCUGUAGUAGACCGGCCCUCAGAGUUCAAUUAUGAGUGGUUUGUUCCCGUUACCUGGAUAAAGACUGGAGCAGCUGAACAGUCGUACUGGCUUCUUAACAAAGAAGCUACAAACGCUAACCUGACUACCAGUGGUGAUGAGUGGCUCGUGGCGAACAUUGAUAUGAAGGGUUUCUACAGAGUCAACUACGACUCUCAAAACUGGGAGCGCCUCCUGGCAAAACUGAGCUCCAAACAUCAGGAUAUUCCAGUGAUUAACCGAGCUCAGAUAAUCGAUGACGCUUUUAAUCUCGCAAGAGCGCAGGUGGUGAACACCACUCUGGCUCUGAGGACCACCAUGUUCCUGGAUAAAGAGGUGGAGUACAUGCCCUGGGAGACGGCCCGGCGCAGCUUGAACUACUACUUCCUGAUGUUUGACCGCAGCGAGGUGUACGGAGCCAUGCAGGCUUACCUGAAGCAACAGGUCGAACCUCUGUUCAAUCACUUCAAAAAUAUCACUGACAACUGGAAAAACAUCCCAGAAAAGCACACCGACCAGUAUAACCAGGUGAAUGCGAUCUCCAUGGCCUGCAGCACAGGAGUGGACGGCUGCAAGGAGCUGACCACCGGCUGGUUCCAAGAGUGGAUGAAUAAUCCAGCUGUCAACAAGAUCAGUCCAAACCUGAAGUACACGGUGUACUGCAGUGCCAUCGCAGCAGGAGGAGUGAAGGAGUGGAACUUCGCUUGGUCCGCAUUUAAGAACGCCACCAUCGCCACAGAGGCGGACAAACUGAUGUCCGCUCUGGCCUGCACCAAACAGCCCUGGCUGCUCAACAGGUAUCUGGAAUAUUGCCUGGACCCCAACAAGAUCCGUAAGCAGGACGCCACCUCCACCAUCGUUUCCAUCGCCAGUAACUCCGUCGGUCAGCCUUUGGCCUGGGAUUUUGUCAGAUCCAAAUGGAGCCACAUAUUCAACGAGUAUGGUGGUGGAUCAUUUUCCUUUGGAGGAUUGAUUAAUGGAGUGACCAGACGAUUCUCCUCUGAGUUUGAGUAUAAGCAGUUGCUGCAGUUUAAAGAAGACAACGCGGGUCAGUUCGGGUCAGGCACUGCCGCUCUGGAGCAGGCGCUGGAGAGAACCAAGGCCAACAUGAACUGGGUCGCAGUGAACAAGAAACCAGUGUUGGACUGGUUCACAAAUGCCAUUUAAAACACUGUGACGUUCCUCCAGCUGGAACCUUAUGUAUAAAUGUCCUGUAGGUGAUGGAGCUUUUUAAAAUGUUAAGUUUUCAUUAGGAAUGUUUAUGGAGAGCGAGCAUUUGAUAUCUAAAUCUGGUUUUGUAUGUAAAAAGGAACGUUUGAAUAUUGUAUAUACUGUCCUCACCUUAAAGAUUUGAGAGGGAAUUCAAGAUUUUUAAUAAAGGUCACCAAACAAAAGUGUGAUCUCUUGUAUUAACUGCACUAAAAAGUAUUUUGAAUGAGGAUAUUCAGCUUUUCCUAGAGAGAAACAAAAAGAAGACAGACAUUAUUUUGGGUAACCCUCAGGAUAACAUUUAAAAUGUAUAAUCUUACAUUUUUAAUAUUUUUUAUUGUUAUCUCCCUUAUUUAAGGGCAGUCAUGUCAUACUAUUUUCAGAAUUUACUAGACUUUUUAAUUAUAUAUUUAACGGCAGUAACAUGAUAUCAUUUUCUGAAUUAACCUGACUGUUGUGGCGACACAUUGAGGGACAUGAUUCACCGUUGUGUUGCUGUGGGUGGGGAACGCGUUACGAGUGUUUCCCCACGGACCCGUUAGUGGGUGGGACUGAAGAGUUCCGGUGCUGUUCCCAUUCAUUCAUUGCUGCGUAGUAGCAGGCUGUUAAGUUGUGUCAGUGAGUGUGUGGAAUAAAUGGAUAUUAACCUGUGGAGUUCCAUAUUAAACACACUGCCUGCGACUCCCA